AUGGACUCGCUUACAUGGGCUAGAUUCACUACCCCAUUCCAGCAUAUCCGCACAUCCAUCUUCCUAAUCCUGACAUGGAUUAUAACAAGUGCACUAGCCCAGGACGACAAUUAUACCUCACAAUGUCUCUCUGACAACUUCAAAGACCCAACAAUCCAGCACCCAGGCGGCCUUUUCUCAAGCGACGUCUGGCUCCGCCGCGGCCAAUGCAUUCGCAACACUGAUACCUAUGCCGUCUGUCGGAGCAAUCUCAUCGCGGUCCUCGAUGACCUGUCUGCCCUCCAGCAGACCGAGUAUGGCGCCUCGGCGGGCGUCUUGACGCUCCUUCCCACCGCUGGCGCUCUCUUCGGGAGCCCUACGGCAGAAUUGUGGGCGCUGCUGAGAAUGUCUCCGAUAGCUGGCUUCCUGGCACAGUGUCUGACCUUUGGCGCAACCAUGGUGCCUUCUGCGACGGAGGACUAUCUAAAGGUCUCUAAAGCCCAGGGAUGCACGGCGAUGCGUGUCCCGCGGGCGACGGAAAAGGGAGAAGAAGACGAAGGAGCGACCUACGAACAAAUUGCGAAUGAGGUCCAGCAGCGUAUCCGAUAUGCGAUGGAUCAGGAGCAACAAGGAUCGCUGGGAUACGCAGGACUCUCCGCGAAAUGGUUCUUCAUCGUUGGAUGCCUUGUCCUGGCAGUAUUCGUAGGGGCUUCGCAGGCUUCCUUGGCCGUCGUUGAGCAGGGUGCAGUGUAUGCCAAUUGGUGUACUCUCACUUCGUGGGCUCACAUUUGGUACCUCGUCGUAACAUUCGUUGCCAUCGUGGACGGAUAUAUCAACAUUCCUUUUCAUGAGCACUGGAAGCUAUACAUCACUCGCCAAGAUGUGACGCUCAACGGAAGCGACAGAGCGGCCCCCGAGGAGGGAAACUUUCUGCUCGAUGGCUUCAAAGACAAAAUGAUGAAGGAGAGCAUCAAGACUGCUGAACCAAAGUGGAACGCGGUAGACAGGCACAACUACGGCUCGUCUCGACCAAGUCGGCAGAUGUUAGUUGUUAUCUCCGUCUCUCAAGACGACAAGCGCCCACCGUACUGGUUGUCCGGUCUCCGACUCUUCUUCCGCGCAGGUGGCCUCACUUGCUACGUAUUCGCCACGUCAGUAUUCGCGGCGGUGACUUUGCUGGCUAUGCCAAUGGCACAGAUGGUUCUCAUGGUGAUCGUGGGAUCGGGAUUCUUCAGUCGUGCAGUUGUGCAGAAGAUGGUGAAGACGAUGUACCAGGAGAAGCCCGUGAUGCAUCUGAUCGCCGCGGAUGAGCAGACAGCUGAUCGCAUGUUGACUGACAUCAUGCAAAUGAAGGGGGACACGGCAAGAUCUUCGUCUUCGUACGUUUUUGAGGUCGACGGAAAGCUGUGGAUCCAGCAGGUUUGCGUUGGUUUGGGGCGUCUAUGGAAGAGAAGGCUAUUUGGGUUGCUAGCAGAAAUGCCCACGGUGCAGGUUACUGGUGCAACUGUGUGA